GUGUGCGUUGAGCAGUUGACUUUAUGAAUGCAUUCCCUUAAAUAACUGGUAGGAAAGGUUUGAAGUUAAUGCUUCAGUUCACAAUACUACAAAGUGCAUUGUUCACUUCCGCAAACAAACCACGUGUGAUCAGUUCUUUCCGUUUAACCUAGUGAUGGUCUUCAAGUAUCUUUACUUCACCAUCACUUCAAACUGCUGUGCUUCACUCUAGCUGUGUGGUGUGAUGAGCUUUCAGAGAUAAAGUUUGAUUUUUACCAGCUGCAAUGAGGAUUCUUCAGCUCUUUAUUUGUGUCGUUCUUUUGGCAAUGAGACACAAAACAUCCGGGCUUGAAAUUCAUGGCUAUGAAAGCAGCUCAGUCUCGAUAACAUGCUCUCAUUCCUGGGCUGGCAGUAAUAAGAAGUACUUCUGCAAAGACCCAUGUAAAACAAAUGUGGAUAUUCUGAUAGACUCCGCCAAGAAAUCAUCUGGUAGAUAUCGGUUGACGGAUUCUGGGGCAGGAGUCUUCACUGUGGAAAUCGCUCGACUGAGUAAGAAAGAUGCUGGGAAAUACUGGUGUGGAGUGGACAGAGUUUUUAGUGAUACGUAUAAUGAAGUGAUCCUUACAGUCCUUGAUGCGCCGCAGACCUCUCCACCACCGAGCUCCAGCACUCAUCUUCCAACAACAGUUACUUCUCUAGGAAACAUUUCAACAUCUAAUGCCACGUUUGCUGCAGUUUCUGUUUCAGCUCCAGCAGCUUCAGAUCAGCCAAAUGAUGCCAAAAUACCAGCAUGGCAGAUUUACCUCAUUGUCUUUGUAUGCGUCUUACUGCUGACGUCUGCAAUUUGGAUUCAGGUGAUUUUGGGCUUAUAUCGCAAAGUAUGUGGUCAUGCCAUAUUGGAGUCAUUCCAGUGCUGCUCAAGAAGAAGAGAGUUUGAUGUAUCUGAAUAUGAUGGAAAUCCAUUCGGAAAGCAGAGUUCGGUUUCCCAGAGUCGUCCUCCAGCCAUUGAAGACACGGAGCCAGACUACGAGAACGUUUGUGCUGCUACUACCAAAUUCUCUGCAGACCAGAUUAUAUACAGUAAUCUGUAGAAAUGCAAAGAUCACAUACAGAACUGUGCAAAAGUCAGAGACCACAUUUCAUUUCCAGCUAACACAGCCAUUAAAAACAUGUUAUUCGUUUUUUCCACAUGAAGAAAAAACGCAGGAAACAAAAGUCUAGACAAAUAUAGCUUUUUUUUGUAUAUUUAAUGUCCACUCUUUACCUUUGUUACAGCUUCUGUUAUUUUCAUGAGACUUGAUUUCAGUUUUUAAAGAAAUCUGGAGGCUGCCAUGCCUCAGGGAGACUCCCCCAGUGUUGCGCACUCCCCUGUCAGAUCGGAGUCCCAGAGGGACUCCAUAUCCCAGGAGUCAACAGGGGAUCACCUAACCAGUGACGAUCAGCUCCGAACCUAUCAGCGAUCUCGGUCACCCGAUUACUGAAGGCUUUCACCUGUGUCUUGUUUUAAUUAGAGACACUCAGUAUUUAAACACGGACUCAAGAACAGAUUGCAAAGUAUUGUUUCCCUUAUGAACGUACUGAGCGUCUACUCUGAUUUCCCUGUGCUGUAUUCUGUCACUGACCUAAGCUUGUUUUUUCUCUUGACUUCGAUUUCGCCUUGCCCUCUUGGAUUUGUUCGCCGGGUUUUGGACUCAUGUGUUGGACCUUGUUUGCCUGUAUUUUUCGACUACAAUUCUUGGAUUGUCCUUUUGUUUUGAACCUCGUGGGUCACUGGUUUACAUUAUUAAACCCACUUCUUUCGCCUUUUGAUCCGCACUCGUCUGGAACUUGCUGAUUCCUUACGGAGGCACGUUUCCACACCAACCAAAGUUCAGUCUUAGAAGUUGGUUUUGCAUUUUCUGCUUCUCACCGUCCAAUAACCCCAAACAGUGUUGAGGUCAGUCUUUUGAGAACACCAGCAGCUUUUCUUCCCCCCCCCUUUUCUCUGUUUUUUCUUUUUCACAGCUAAACUUAAGUUUUCUAUGCAGUUUGGAGGAAAAAAAAAAACACUUGAUUUGAGGCAAGAAUGGAGCUGGAUCAUCUCAAAGAUGAAAGCUAAAAGUGCUGUUUGUCUGAUGAGGACAGUUUUGUUGAACUACCAGGUCUUGUGUUAUUGUUAGAAGUCCUAUUUUAUCUUUCUCUUUUGUUUUUAACCUUUUCACUUUUCCCUUCUUAUGGAAGCUUCUAAUCUGCUCAGAAAAGCACAUACUAGUGGUUAGUAGCUGCAUUGAAGCUGAAUUAAAAGGAACUUCACAACUGUGUCAAACGGAGCUUAUUUAUUUAUUUUUAUUUACAUAGGUCAGCAGUUCAGUGGUCUGAAACAAGAUCCUAUGACAUCACAUCUGACUUCACUGUAUAGAAUGAGCUGCAUCCAAAGUAGACUGAUUAUUAUUUCAUUGCAAUGACAUCACGAUUGUCAGCGUACUGUUUUCCUUCUGAGUUUUCCUCAGUUUUGUAGCCCAAGCAUGUUUCCUAUACAGCUGCAGCUGGUCACCAUUCUCCUGGAAUGUGUCCUAUUAGACACCACAGGGCACUGUAUCCUACUGAUCCCAAUCAAUUUUUAGGUAUAUUACACCUCUAUGGUCUAUGUGAAUUAUAUUUAAUAGUUGUUUCAAAGCACUUUUUUACAUCAAACAUAAAAAAAACGGCCACUUUUACUCCCGGGCUCAUCCCGAAUCUUUACAGGCAUGAUAAGACUGUCACUGUAAUCUUAACCAUCAUGUCUUGAGUGUA